AUGGGAUUUAGCAACGGUUCAUUCCGAACAAUACAUCGAUAUUUGAGUAACUAUCAGGUUAUUAUCUAUGAUCUCGGUUUAACCGAUGAACAAGUGGACAUGGAUGCUCUAAAACAAUUUGGUUCGAUUAUUUAUGGUGAUACAUCUAUUCGUUAUUUGACGAAUAAUUUUGAUCGAUUACUAAUUGAUAAUAAUUUUCGAGGAUUUGCAUGUCGUGAAUUACCCGGUCAUUAUUUACCAUGUUUUACACUUAGCAACAUGUUUUUAUGGUUUAAUGAGUCUUCUUCAACAUUCGACAAUGUUUACAUGUGUGAAGCGAAUUUUUUAUUUAUUCAGGAUAAUUUUCUAUCACGACUGAUUAUGAAAGCGUGGAUUACAUGUAGCUUAGAUUUAACAUGUUUAAUGCCACCAGAAUUAAUAGUGUCACAAGAAUUAACAACAAAAUGUGACAAAUUUCAAAUGUUCGAUACUGCGAUUCGGCAUCGUUAUGAUCAAAGUGCAAUGGGAAUAAUUCUAACGUUUUUCUUUCAACAGGGUGAACGGAUGUUUGGAAAGAACGACCCAGCACCGUACGACAUGUACACAUCAAUUCAAGAUUCCAUAAUUGAACGUGUAUGA